UUUGUUUUCAGAUUCAAUUCGAAUCGUCUUGGUGCCGCUCGUUUCUUUCUGGCUAGCAGCAAGGUUCCAGAUAUUCCAAUCGGAGACGAAAGAUAUAAUCGACACGAUGGCCGGAGCAAUUGAAAUCUUUUUGCCUUUCACUUUAAUGUGUACUGCCAUUUGGGCUUGUGAAGACGGCCAAGUCGACCACCUGACGGCGAGGCAAAGUUUGGAUGAGCAACUGCAGGCCAAUUCUUACCCCGCCAAUCCGUGGGUGUUUCCUUACUACUACAACAUCCAGCCACGAUUGCCAUUUGCAGGGUAUGCUGAUGCGGCCCGGAUACCUUUUUACCGAAAGUCACCAGGCUAUUUCGCCAAAAUUGAUGUCAAUGACGGCUAUAGACAAGAAGAUCGUUUAGGUUUUGGCAAUUUGGGUGCCAAUCUGUUCAGCAGUCUAUUCACCCUACCAACCCGACCCUUUAGGCCGUUCGCCAACCUCGUCGGCAGGAUGGAUGCCUGUACCUGUACGUCAUCCAGUGGCGACGCCGGAAUCUGUACAUCAGCUUUGGCCUGUUCCUUACUUUCUAGAAAGCCUAGCGGUUCCUGUAAUCUUGGCAGAGUCUGCUGCGUUGACGUACUUGCCACUUGUGGGGGUACGGUUACUCUGAACAACACUUACUGGCAAUCUCCCUCUACUCCCGUUAGUGCUCCUUCCACCUGCGCGUUGACUGUCCGGCUGGACAGUACACUGGCGGAACAAGCCUUGCCUAUUUGCCAAAUUCGGUUGGACUUUGUUUCGUUCACGACCGCCCAGCCAACAGCCGGAACCUGCACGGACACCUUCCAAGUUAGCGGAGCAACGACUGUAGCUCCAACCAUUUGCGGCAAUAAUGACGGGCAACACAUGUACCUCGACGUCCCUUCGUCCGCCAGUACUCCUACUGACGUUCGACUCACUUUUAAUUUUGCUGCUGGAAUGACCACUCGUUCGUGGAAAAUAAAAAUUGCAUUGCUUCCUUGUGGUACCACAUACCUCGCUCCGACAGAUUGUCUCCAAUACUUUUCUGCAGCUUCCGGGAGGGUCAAGUCGUUCAACUGGCAGGAUGUCGCCGGAACGGCAACUCGUCAACUCAACAAUCAAGAUUACAACAUUUGUUUCCGGACGGAACUUGUGUCGUCUCAAAGGGCGACCCAAAUGUGUUUGUCAAUUUGUGCCGUGUCUAACGGUGGUGACGCAUUUUCUAUUACCACGCCCACCAGCACCGAUGCCGCUGCUGCCACUGCUGCCGUCGUCACAGCUACAACGAACCUGGCCAAAGCCCAAACGACGUUAACCAAUGCCCAAGCUACUCUUGCCACAGCACAAACCACUCUUGCGGAUGCCCAAACUGCCCUUACAAACGCCCAAAACAACAUAGCACCCACACAGGCUGCUCUUACCGCUGCACAAGACGCCCUUGCCACUGCCCAGGACGCAGUCCCAGUGGCCGAAACGGCACUUACCGAUGCACAGGGUGCUCUCACCACCGCCGAAACUGACCUUGCCACUGCACAAGGUACCCUUACAGAUGCACGAACGGCUCUUAACAAGGCAUACAUCGAUCUCGCCGCUGCCAUGGCUGCUAUCCCACCGGAUUAUGCUGCCAUUGAUGUUGCCCGAGCUGCCCUCACCACUGCCCAAACCGCCAUCAUUGACGCUCUAGCGGUAGUCGACGGUGCUCAAACAGUUGCCAAUACUGCCCAAACCAACGUCAAUAAUGCACAGACCACUCUCACUAACAAACAAACCGCGGUGACGGAUGCUCAAACUGCAGUCGACACUGCUCAACUCGCUGCCGUUAAUGCCCAAACUGCAGUCACUGACGCCCAAACUGCCGUCGAUACUGCCCAAACAAACGUCAACAACGCACCAGCCGCCGUCACCGAUGCUCAAACUGCCGUGACAACCGCUCAAGCCGCACUCACGGCCGCUCAAACUGCUGCCGCCAAUGCCGUCGCUUCUGCGGCCGCACUUUCCGGUGUGGGCACAAGUGCCAUUGUGAACGGAGUCAACACGGCCACUUGCCUCUACGAUUUCCUCCUUAUCUCCAGUGCCCAGGAUUCUACGAAUGUUGAAGCGGACCGAUACUGCGGCAACGCCCUCAAUCCAGCCACAACUCCAAUUGCCACCAGUGUUCCAGUGUGCACUCCAAUCAAGCCAUUCAGAAUGACAUUUCAAACCGACAACACUGAAGAAGCGGUGGCUGCAGGUGCGAACAUUCUUCCGGCACCAGCCGAUACAGCAAACACUGGAUUUUGCCUCGAUUAUCAAGAGAAAUGAGCAUUGCUUGGCAAUCAGCCAGUACCUUGGUAAAGAGCCUUGUUUUUGUGCAAUGCAAAUUCAGAUAUUUUAACUUGUUAUUUGUUAAUAGGUGGUGAAUGCCUGAAUGGACUUUUUGGUUAGCUCGUAUUUCUUUGUAGGAUAUUUAAGUUGGUCCUGGUUUAAGUUGAUUGGUUAAUAUAUAUAUUUUUUUCAAGCCA